AUGAUUUGGAAGAACCUAACUACAUUAAUGUACGCUAUCUUUCUAACUCUAAUCUGCACGGAGUUCCUCCUGGACAGGGUAGUGCUAGUCAUCUUGUCCUUUCUGCUGGGGGCGGUGCUUGUGCUCGUCACUGAGGCGUUCAUCUUCUGGAGCUACUUCAACAAGGCUCCCAUCUUGCCACCUCCAAAGUGUGAUGAUGUUCCCACUCAGCUGCCAGAGGCUCUCAUAUUACAACUUGAACACAGCAGUUUAAAACAGAAAGAGGACUGUAUAUGGCUGAACUUCCUGCUGCAGUUUCUGUUUUCGGAGCUUCGGGAUUCAUUAUUGGUGAGAAGGUUUUUGACCAAGAAAAUCCAACUAGAAUUUGAAGAAGUUCUCAGAUCAAGAAGUGGGGUUCUCGUGGAUGAGCUGUUUUUACGAGACUACCAUCUAGGAGACAAUUUUCCGGUGAUCACAGGUAUAUCUGUGGAAAGAUCUGAUGUGUUCAGGGACACGAUACAGACUCUAGAUCUGAAGGCUCGUAUAACUUACGAUGGAGGUUUCCAAAUUGCUAUUGAUGCAGCCUUGCCUUUUCACCGCAUGGCUUUUGUGUCUGUGAAAGUGCUAAAACUUCGAGGAGUUUUGCGUCUGCAGCUCACUCAGCUACCAUUCAGCCAUUGGAGUGCAUCAUUUUAUGAGGAACCAGAACUUGAACUGGAUGUCACAGCGCAGCUCGAUGGCCGUCCUAUGCCCAAGCUGAAAAAUAUAAUUGCAAAUCAGAUUCGCAAGAUCAUCCGGAAGAAGCACACUCUACCGAUGUACAAGAUGAGAUACAAGCCAUUCUUUCAGCCUCGGCCUGACCCCGGGCUAGCCAUGGACACACGUAUUCACAUAGAUGGGGCCGAACUGGGCUGUGGCAUUCUGGAGGUGACGGUGGUGGAAGCAAACAGGCUGCCAGUGGUUGUCAAAGGGGCUAAGGUUUACUGUACCGUGUCUGUAG